CUAAGAAAUCAAGACGUGGGCGAAAGGCAUUCAUCAUACCAGAGAAAACUGACACUACUGGGCAAUGUCACUUUAUGAUUGUUCGUCGUGUUCCGGAAGUUGUCAAGAAUAAAAAGAAGAACAGUUGUCGAAAUUGUGAUAUAAGUGACGAAUAUGUUAAUGUUCUUUCAGAGAGGAUAAAUAAACUUGAACAUUUAAUAAACAAUCUUGAAAAAAAUGUCAAAGAUCUUGAAAAAAGACAAUUAAGCAUAAACGACAUUAAUGAUACUGAAUUUUCAAGAAUGGAUACUGAUUCUUUGAUUAAAUUCUCUGAACGUUUCGUGCAAUCUACGCAUUGCAAUCAAAAUCAAAACGAAGCAUUUAUUAAUCAAAACAUUGUUCCGCAAUAUUUUGACCCCUUGCCUUUUGAUACAAGGUCUCUUACAUUUUAUCAGAAUUAA